AUGCUCAUGCAAAAUGCAGAGACUUCCAGCGACCUGCAGGAGACAGCUUCGGGCAGAAUACCUGCUUGUCGACGCAGACAGAACAGGUGGGCGAAUGCCAAAUCUCUUCGAGGCGAAGCCGCUUCCGCGGUUCUGUCCCGCGUGCGAAAGCAGCGGCUGCUGUGUUGCCUGCCUGAGGACUGCAGCAUGAUAAUGGCGGAGGAAGGCGGAUGCUCAAAAGAGGUGACGUCAGCAACGAGAUGCUUGCAUACAUCCGUGCCUUUGCGCCAUGCCAGCGAUGGUGCUUGCGGCGAGUUUUUAGAAUUCAGAAUCAGCUGCAUUUUGAUCCAUAGGUGCCUACUAUGCCUCGGACUUCGUCAACUUCGAUUACCGGUUGCCAUGAUAAUGCACAGAUGUGCAACGCAGCAGAGCGGUCGUGACCUGCACCGGACUGGUGACAGCCUCGAAGUGGACAUGGACCUGCACGACUCCGAUGGCUUCCGGAUCACGACCUCAGGAGAGCUUCGACCUCGUGCAUCCAAGCCGCGCAAGUACUCACUUCCAUUGCUUAACCAGUUCUUCAUUGGUGUCUGCGACAACCCGGCGCAGGCAAAGCCGGCGGAGCUCGAGGCGCCGAGCAUGGAACUCCUGCAGACAUUGAGGCGAAAGCAACGUGUGAAGCAAAAGGUAUACUGA